AACGAAGUCCACCCAAUCGAGCACACAGCACACAGCCUCCUCAGUGGCCCCCUCGACAGUCUCAACGAGAACUUCGAGCACCUCAACCAGUCACAGUUGAUCCUCCUUACCCGUCUCAGGAUCAUAGAGCGUCGUUUGGAGAGCUUUCAAGCGGUUGUGAUUGGCAGUGUCGACGAGAAGCAGAUCGCAAGUGACCUCGCCAGGGUGAGUGAGUUGAAGAGGAGGGUGUUGGGGGUGGCCAAGAUGAUGAAGAAGGUGGAGCAGCGGGUAGAGCGGAUC